AGAAGAAGAAGAACAACCACUCUCCCACGCCGCCUCCUAAGAUCAAACCUGAAAUUCAUCGAACAAUCUAUUCUUAUUUUAUGUGAAACCCAAAUCACUUUUCAUCAUCACAACAACAAUCUCAUCGUCUCUGAUGCCGGCCGGCGCUGCAUUUCACUCGUAGUAGGUGUUGUUUUUAAUAUUCUUCGAUCACAAAUAUGGACAAAGGGUUAAUGACUGAAAUCGAGUUUGACGAGAUUGAGAAGCUUCUUUGCGAAAUUCCAGAUGCUACUUCAUUGAAUCUAAAUUAUUUGGACACUGAACUUGUCAAUCCUUCUAAUGGAGUGUCUUUGUGUGAUGACACACUAUUUGAUUUUGGCCAAAACCGGCCUUUGUCUUUCAUACAUGAAGGAAAACUCAGUCGUGGCUACAAAACUCAGCAACAAGAACGUCGGGAGCUCCCAACAGAGCAGUCUUUAGCAGCUGCAUUUGAAGAAUUGAACUUCUAUGAAUCCACAAGGCGUGAAACACUACCCGCUCCUUCGAUUGACUUUAGAUCAUUCGAUACUGCCACGAUUGCAGAAGGACGAAGUCACAAUUGGUUGAAGAAACCGUCCUCUUUGAACUUUUAUUCUCAAAACUAUUCAUAUAAUGGAUUUGAACCAAAAUUGGGCAGCCAUGAGGAACUUGAAAAACAGCAGACAAUUGAGAACUACUCUGCUUCCAUGGAGUUUACUCAUCAUCAUGGUUUACAGUUUCUUUCUUGUAUGCCAGUUCAUAGGACAGAACCUCAACCUUAUUUCUUGGACAAUCAAUCUCCUCAUCUUACAUGGAGACAUGUAAAUAAUGGUGGCUGCAGGACGAAUCAGCAGUUUUUUUGCAUGCAGCAACAGUUUUGUGAUCAAAAGAUGGAAACAAGGUAUCCGGUUAGAGUUAUGAGCCAGAACUUUCAGCAAACAACCAAUCAGAUCAUGCCUAUUGGUCCUUUGGAUCGAAAUUGCUGGAAAAGACAAAAUGAUCGUCUCACAAAUGAAAAAAGUUUGGAUUAUUCGAAAACAGAACAACUUUCUGGAAGGAUAUAUUUAAUGGCGAGAGACCAACACGGUUGUCGAUCAUUGCAGAAGAAGUUUACAGAAGGAAACCGAGAAGAGAUUGAGAAGAUAUCUGCUGAAGUUAUUAUACAUAUUGUUGAGCUAAUGACUGAUCCUUUUGGAAAUUAUCUUGUUCAAAAGCUGCUUGAAGUUUGUACUCAAGAUCAACAGAUGCAAAUACUCCAUUGCAUCACUCGAAAUCCAGGGGAUUUGAUUAGAAUUUCCUGCGACAUGCACGGAACUCGGGCUGUACAAAAAGUUAUCGAAACUCUAAGGACAAGAGAACAGUUCUCCAUGGUUGUUUCAUCUCUGAAACCGGGUAUAGUAACUUUAAUGAAGAACAUAAACGGAAACCAUGUCGCUCAGCGAUGUCUGCAGUAUUUGACUCCCGAAUACAUUGAGUUCCUCUUUGAAGCUGCAACUUCUCACUGUAUUGAACUGGCGACGGAUCGCCAUGGCUGUUGCGUAUUACAGAAGUGCCUAAGCAUGUCAAGUGGCGAACAAAGUGCUCAAUUGAUAUGUGAAAUCACUUCAAAUACUCUGCUUCUCUCCCAAGAUCAAUUUGGAAACUACGUCGUGCAAUUCAUCUUGGAGAAUCGUGUGGUGUGGGCAACUAGUUAUAUUCUUGAUCAAUUAAAGGGAAGAUAUGGAUGUUUGUCUAUGCAGAAAUAUAGUAGUAAUGUGGUUGAGAAAUGUCUGAAAUAUACCGGAGAAGAACAUCAAGCCAGUAUUAUCAAGGAGUUGAUAAGCAAUCCACACUUUGAUCAGAUUAUGCAAGACCCUUUUGGCAAUUAUGUCAUCCAAGCAGGAUUAAGAAAUUCAGAGGGAGAAGUUCAUGAGAAAUUGAUGGCAGCAUUGGAACCCUACAUACCUAUGCUAAGGACAAGCCCAUUCGGGAAGAAGAUACUCUUAUGCGACGGUUUCAGGAAUUAAAUUGAAAAUGAUAUCAACUUUAGUUUGUGCUUUACUAUGUUUUUGUAAGAUUACUAAUUGCUAUUCAGAGCUUCACCAGAAAAGCUAAAGGCAUUUCUUGGAAAGAAUAAAGAUAAGGUAUAAUGGUGUACAAGAAUCGUGGAACUGUAUUCACUGAUCGGAGAAGGAAACCUGAUGCAUACAAGUUUCUUGUUUAAUUAAAAUGUUCAAUCUCAGUUAAUAAUAAU